AUGUCAAAUUCAAUAUUUUCAGAUGGUUCCUCGAAGAUCAAGGCAUGCGUAUCACAUAUUAAUUCGUUAAAUGAGAUCAAAUUCAAAAAGCUCCUUCAGCGUAUUGCUGAAAAAACCGGCCGACAGAACGAAACUAUAUUCACACUGGACGAAUUAAACAAACUAGAAAGUGCUUUCGAAAUAUCAGCUGAUAAUAUUAAACAAAUGAUUGAAACGCUUGAGUAUAUGUUUCUGCAAUCAGCUUACCAUUUGGUCAAACCACAAGUACUUCUGAAUGAUUUAGUCAAUGAACAAAAUUUCGACGAGAAUAAACAUGUUCUUUACAAGGCGAAACUCGUCGUUGAACAAUGGUCAAGCAGUGCCAAAGAAAUUGUCGAACGUUUGAAGUCAACGCACAUCGCUUCGCAUUCCCUGUCCGACGUACGUUGGACAUUAGAUGUUGGAAUAUCACAAGCAAGCAAAAGCAAAGUUAAACGACCAACAGCAAUUUAUGAGUUCCAAUUGAAGAAUGAUCAAACACAGGAAAUCGAAAAAGUGCAAACAGAAUUUAACAAAGAAGAAUUGUAUGCCUUUUUCGAAAAACUCGAGUCAAUUCAAAAUAGAUUCAAAUCUCGUCGAAUAAGACAAGUAACGUCUGAUCUAAAAACAAAAUAA